CAUGAGGAAAUAAAAGCACAUAGUGUGUUGGCAUGUAUGCGGCAUGCGCCUGGCUGAUACGCUGAAAGUGCUGCUCAAAUCCAGUGUUUUGACGAAGACUGCUAUUGCUUCUCAAGGUAAGAACAAUAUCACGGAAACUUCUGUCACUAUAUUCGAUUGGUAUAACAGCAGCAAUCCCUUCCAUUGUUGGAAAGUUGUGUGUGCGUCUGUCGCUUCCUUCAAUUAAGCGCAUUCUCAUUGAUGGGCUGAUACUGAUGUAUGGCGCACUAACUUCUCUUUGAUCAUUACCAUCACUGACAGUGUUGCUGCUCUCAUGGUUGCUCAAUAUCUC